AUGGAUCCCCAUUCCAUUUCCUCGUUCACGAUCACGCUGACCCAGGCAGCCGCGAUAGUGACGACGGCUCUUGGAAAUAUCGCCCAGCUGCGUACUGCCGACACUCGUUUGGCUGGCCUUUGCGAAGAACUCUCCGACCUUCCUGCCCCCCUCCAAGACAUCGGCGACGCGCUCGAGAAAUGCGAGAAGUCCGACCUCGCCCCCGUUCACGAUGCGCUCUCGCGCCAGUGCGACUCCGCCCUGGAAAGCUGCCAUAUGAUCCUUCGCGAAUUAGGCCAGUUGGUGGACAAGAUAUGGGAAUCGUCACCGGGAGGGGAUGGCUGGAAAUCGAAGAGCUCGAUAGAUCUCAGCAUUUUCGGGGAGGAGUUUACAACCUACCGUGACAAAAUCCGUCUAUUCAACUCGGCAUUCCAGACCAUGCUUCAAGUAAUCACCUUAUGCCUUGCAUUGCGAGCAAACGAUCCCGAGGACCAAAUCAGUGGCGACCUUGACCAUCUCCAAGCAUCGAUCGACGAGUCCCUUCACGCUUCGUCUCGACCUGUUGGGGGUUUCCGCCGCGCCAAGGGUGCAAAUAAAGCAGACAGCCAGAUAUCCCAGAACGUGCGGCAGCUAGCUGAGGAGGCUAGAGCUUUCCACUAUACCACUAGUUCUGCGGUCGACACACCCCGAAGUCAUGAUGUGCCUCCGCAUCACGCGCCACACGAGCCGGCCGAGGACGACGUAUUUGAUACGAGUAAUACAGAGGCACCCGGGAUGGAUUCUGCGCAUCUUGCCCCGACCCCCCUGCGAAGCGCCCGUACGAGUUUUUCCUCCGUUUUCAGCUCCCAAGACAAGACCGAGCAGGACGCCCGUGGUAUCCUUGAUGCAUCGGGACCUGUCAGCACUAAAUAUGCCGGACCUGCCGGUGAGGAGGAUGAUGGUGGUGAUGACGAACUCGAACAAGAAUACCUGGAUGGACUGCGCGAGUUGGCCGCAGCAAGCAUUUGGAAGAAGGAGUAUGCUAAAGCUGCUGAAUAUUUAAACGACGCCCUUUUCCGAGGGACGGAAACGGAAUCAACACAGAUGAGCCGGCGCCAACUACAGACCCAGCUUGCUCUGUGCUACUUCCUCCAAGGCAAUUGGCGACAGGCAGAACUACUGGUAAAAGACUUGGCUAGGGUGAAGGAUGAUGAUGAGCUCAUCAUCUACAACUUUCUCCAUGCCUUGUCAUUAGCGCACCUGGGAGAGUAUGCCUUUGGCUACGCAUUCGAGUAUUGCAAACUUGCUUUGAAUGGCAAAAGGAAGCUUUGCAAGAAUCUGAAGGCGGAUUGGGUCGAAUAUCAAGAGACCCUGGGAUUGUUCGCAACAAUAUUUGACCUCUCUGGCGACUACAUCCGAGCAGAAGUGUUUAAACGUCGGCUACCACCCGGAUUCGAGUAUUCGCACCCGACGAAUGAGAUCUCCUUUAUUCAAUCGAAGAAGGAUCUGCUUGUUAGCAUCUUGGGAGAAGAGGAUACAUCUGCCACCCGACCGAAGUCUUUCAGAGCCGAAUUGGAGGGAGGGCAGUUCGAGAAGCAGACUAUUUUGAAGCAAGCGUUGCUUCGCCAUGCGUCGAUGCCCAUCGAAGCUGAGACCAACCUACGGAGAAAUCUAUCUCAGUACCAGAAGUACGAUGCGGAUACCGCCAAGGAGGUAAUCGCAAUUGUGGCAGCCCGAUCAUCAUGCGAUGCAGACGAUGAGAACCCUCAUGAUUCAUUGAUGUCGCCGCCGCCUCCUGUUCUAAGGUCGCGACUAAGCUUUGGCCGCCUAUUUGGAGCGAAAAACAGCCGCUCGAAUACAUUGGAUGGGAAGGACGACAGUUCACAGUCACCGGUAUCCGAUACACCGAUCACGGAGACGCCAUCAGCGAAGCAGAAACCAAUCACAGAGACACCAACAGCGAAACAGAAGUGGCUCGGAAUUGCAAAACCUAAGCUUCUGCUCCGAAAAAUGAAGAGCGAAUCUAAGAUCCCUGGUCUCAGCGUCACCGAGGCAUCGCCGCAAGAGGGGUCAUUCAGCCUCAUCAAUAUGCAGAGGUUGACGACGCCAACGCAAUCGCAGUCGGCGCGCCAGUGCAGCUGGGGCGGCCCAAGGUCUCAACCUUUUGACACUGAUGCACCUACUGGUUCUCAGUCUGCCCCUAUCCAUGGGCGGUUUCGUUCCAACUCGUGCGUUAGCGAUCUCGAUGCACCGCUCUCGGGUCUACCUAGCCGAGCUCCUUCCCCAUUUCAUGAAUCUGAAAUUCCAGAUGUUUCAGUGGGAACCGCUGGAAGAGCCGACCAGCUUCCCCCGCCAACGUUUGAAUUGGCAGACACCUCUCAAUCUUCCUUGCCGUCGGAUCCGAAAGGAAGUUCAGCUCCAGAUGAGCUAUUAACUCCCACAGCCCAUGACCAUCCAACCUCACCUUCGCUUGCCCCCGAGCUUGACUUUUUGGGCGCUGCCAUGGUGGAAUCCAGAGACCGUACAUCGGUGAUAUCUAGUCGAAGCCCAUCUCCUUUCUCUCCGCCCCCAGACCCCCUUCCCUUUGCGAGAUGCUCUUCCAAAGAAUUCGAAGAGUCAGUUGCAAUCGCUGGGGCAAAGGAACCCACACUUCUAGCGAGGGCACAUAGUGCCCGUAGCUGUUUUGGGCUCAUUGAGGUCGCAUCGCCUAUUGAAUAUUCCCCUGUUGAACUUGCAUCCAAACCCGUCCCUGUAUCCAACACGCCUUCUCCAGCUGCAGCAUACGCACCCGUCAGCAAACCUAUGAUUCCUGAUGCCUCAAUCUGUGAUUCUCCCGUCAAUAGCUCUCCAGUCGAUGAGCUGCCUAUCGAGGACUCACCUAAUCUUGAGACUGCUAGUGAUGUCUUGCCUAAUGAUGAUUCAUCGGUCGAUGAGUCUGUGGCUGAGUCGUUGUCAGAAAUUGAUCCCCAGCUCAUAACAGUUCUCGGAGAGGUGGCUUCUAUCCUGGCAUCUUUGAAUGAUGAAGGAAAAACAGACGUGCAAGAUCUGAAAGACUACCACAGCCGCCUCACGGUUCUUUUCCCCGACUUGAAAGACAUGAGCCGGGACCAACUGGUUGUGGAUGACAUCAGGGGAGUUUUGUUUACCCUCCGUAAACGAAUCAAGAAUUGGCACAAGAAGGUUGAAGAUGACUCUGGCUAUGAGUCAUCGUCGCCGCGCGCGGAAACUGCUACAGCGGUCAGUGAGGACGUUACGAAAGAGGCAGCUGAUCCGCAGGCAGUUGAGCCAGUGGCAACUGAGCCAAAGCAGGGGAUUGAUGAGAUUGAGCCCCCGGAAGAAGUUGAGCAGCGUCCUUCGCCUAAACAUGAACCAGUGCCGGUGAAGCAAGAAUCCAUAAAUAUGAAGGUGCCUGCUAUUGUGACCACCGAAGUUAUCACGACUGAGGAUGGGUCUUCGGUAGUGGAAGUCGCACCGAUAAAGGUGGAGGGUGAGAGUCGGCUAGUCACUGUACAUACGGUACAGUCGACAAUGGCGAAGCAGGGCGCUGUAGUUACUGCGGCCCCUGUACCAAUGCGGCCUGGGUCUGUCAUCAAACCCAACCAUGUGAUGGUGACAGCUUCUCCAAUUCCCAAGGAUGACAAGUUGCAACAGAGAAUUAUGAACCUCGUUUCCACUCUGAUCGACGAGGCGAGCCCGACCAUCUCAGCUGAAGCGACCAAAUCUACUCCAUCCGUUGCUCAACAAGACGAGAGUCCCAAACAGGCGCCCAACUCAAAUGAGACCUCAGAUGCGAGCAAUGGAAAAGCUUUUCUCCUUGACCUCUGGAACUCAUUGAUUGAAGAGGGCGGGGAAUCCGAUCUUAGGAUCAGCAUCGACCCGCCGAAGCGCGCACGCACCGAAAGCGAUGCCGAAUCAACCACGGGUGGAGUGAAGCUUGCCGCAGACCCAGACACCCAGGCAUGGGAAAUCAGUGAAUACGUGUUUGACGAGUCCCACUCCUCUAAUUGGGAUUGGGAUGAGUGGCGAAGUAUAGGAUCGAACAUGGGGCGUCCUUUGCAGUCGCUUCAGCCUUCUGAUCUUUACGGAGCAUAG